GCGAGCCGGGCCGGCGGGGCGCAGACCAUGCCCAAGCUGCAGGGCUUCGAGUUCUGGAGCCGCACCCUGGGGGGGGCCCGCCACGUGGUGGCCCCUAUGGUGGACCAGAGCGAGCUGGCCUGGAGGCUGCUGAGCCGGCGCCACGGGGCCCAGCUCUGCUACACGCCCAUGCUGCACGCCCAGGUCUUCGUCCGCGACGCCAACUACCGGAAGGAGAACCUGUACUGUGCCGUGUGCCCCGAGGACCGGCCCCUCAUCGUGCAGUUCUGUGCCAACGACCCCGAGGUGUUCGUCCAGGCAGCUCUCCUGGCCCAGGACUACUGUGACGCCAUCGACCUGAACCUGGGGUGCCCGCAGAUGAUUGCCAAGAGAGGUCACUACGGCGCCUUCCUGCAGGAGGAGUGGGACCUGCUCCAGCGGAUGAUCCUGCUGGCCCACGAGAAACUCUCUGUCCCUGUCACGUGCAAAAUCCGCGUCUUCCCAGAGAUCGACAAGACGGUGCGCUACGCCCGGAUGCUGGAGCAGGCCGGCUGCCAGCUGCUGACCGUGCACGGGCGCACCAAGGAGCAGAAGGGGCCUUUGUCGGGCGCUGCAUCCUGGGAGCACAUCAAGGCUGUGCGGAAGGCGGUGACCAUCCCCGUGUUCGCCAACGGGAACAUCCGGAGCCUGCAUGACGUGGAGCGCUGCCUCCGGGACACGGGGGUGCAGGGGGUCAUGAGCGCAGAGGGCAACCUGCACAACCCCGCGCUGUUUGAGGGCCGCAGCCCGGCCGUGUGGGAGCUGGCCGAGGAGUACCUGGACCUCGUGCGGCAGCACCCCUGCCCCCUGUCCUACGUCCGGGCCCACCUCUUCAAGCUGUGGCACCACACGCUGCAGGUGCACCAGCAGCUCCGGGAGGAGCUGGCCAAGGCCAAGACCCUGGAGGGUGUCGCCACAGUGAGUCAGGAGCUGAAGCUGCGGAGCCAGGAGGACAUGUCCAGGCAGAAGGAGGGAGAGGGACCUUCGGGCGGCCUGCCUUUCUUCCACUGGAUCUGCCAGCCCUACUUCCGGCCAGGACCCAAGGAGGGGAGCCAGGAGAGUGGAGGGGCCCGAAGCAAGCGGGCCCUGGAGGAGGAGGAAGGUGGCUCAGAGGGCUUGUCCAGGAACAAGCAGAAGAAGCAGCUGAGGAACCCGCGCAAGACCUUCGACCCCUCGCUGAGACCGAAAUACGCCAAGUGCGACCAGUGUGGGAACCCGAAGGGCAGCAGAUGCGUGUUUGACCUGUGCCGCGGCUGCUGCAAGAAGCGGGCCUUCCGGGAGACGGCGGACUGCCCAGGUCACGGGUUGCUUUUUAAGACCAAACUGGAGAAGUCUCUGGCCUGCAAGGGGGCCCAGCCCAGGCUGCAGGAGCCUCAGCAGGCGGCCUCCCCGAGGUCCUGGCCAGCGCCCUGGCCUGAAGGGCCAGCCGGGGCUCCGCUGCCCCCCUCACCGCCCCCAGGAAUGCCAGGGAGGCCGGACGCUUGGGGGGCACCAUGCCUUCCGCUCAGGGAACCUCCCGCUACUUAACACGGAGGACGAGCCAGCGGCCCCCACCCCGGCCGGACCUGCCGUCCCUGCCGCGCGCCCGCAGCCAACAAUAAACCGUUUCCGAGCCACACGU